UGUUUCUUCAGAUGGCCCACUGGACGAAUAUCUAAUGAAUGACCGUUUUUUUUAUAUUCACUUUUUAAGAAAUCCACUAGUUAUGGAUAUCUUAUAUUUUUUAUGGAUAUUACCUACUGUAAUGGGUGUCGAAGAGAUUUUAAUGGACUCAACAACAGCCACAGCAGAGUUGGGCUGGACUAUAUACCCGUCGUUAGGGUGGGAGGAGGUGAGCGGCUACGACGAGAACCUGAACACGAUCCGCACCUACCAGGUGUGCAACGUCUUCGACACCCACCAGAACAACUGGGUGCGUACCAAGUUCAUCCUGAGGGGGGGAGCCCAGCGCAUCCACGUGGAGAUCAAGUUCUCUGUGCGCGACUGCAGCAGCAUCCCCAACGUCCCCGGCUCCUGCAAGGAGACGUUCAACCUCUACUACUACGAGGCCGACUCGGACAUCGCCACUAAGGUGUCACCGGCCUGGAUGGAAAACCCCUGGAUCAAGGUGGACACCAUCGCCGCCGACGAGAGCUUCUCGCAGGUGGACCUGGGCGGCCGUGUCAUGAAGAUCAACACGGAGGUGCGCAGCUUUGGCCCCGUCUCGCGCAAGGGCUACUAUCUGGCCUUCCAGGACUAUGGCGCCUGCAUGUCCAUCAUUGCCGUGCGCGUCUUCUACCGCAAGUGCCCGCGCGUGGUUCGCAACGGCGCCGUGUUCCAGGAGACGCUGUCCGGCGCUGAGAGCACCUCGCUGGUGGCGGCCAGGGGCACGUGCAUACCUAACGGAGAGGAAGUGGAUGUGCCCAUCAAGCUCUACUGCAACGGCGACGGCGAGUGGAUGGUGCCUAUUGGCCGCUGCAUGUGCAAGUCGGGCCACGAGUCGGUGGGGAAUGGCACGGUCUGCAAAGCCUGUCCCUUUGGCUCCUUUAAAGCGGCCCAAGGGGACCACUUGUGUCUGAAGUGCCCCAUCAACAGCCGUACCACCACCGAGGGGGCGACCAACUGCGUCUGCCUAAACGGCUACUACCGCACGGACACCGACCCAGUGCAGAUGCCCUGCACCACAAUCCCCUCUGCACCCCAGAACGUGAUCUCUAGUGUCAACGAGACGUCCCUGCAGCUGGAGUGGGGGUCGCCGCGGGAGACGGGCGGCCGAGACGACGUCGUGUACAACAUCAUUUGCAAGAGUUGCGGCGCCGGGCGCGGGGCCUGCACACGCUGCGGCGACAACGUCCAGUUCACGCCGCGGCAGCUGGGCCUCACCGAGCCGCGCGUGCACAUCAGCGACCUGCUCGCGCACACGCAGUACACCUUCGAGAUCCAGGCGGUCAACGGCGUGUCCGACCAGAGCGUCUACUCACCACACUUCUCCUCCGUCAACAUCACCACCAAUCAAGCUGCCCCAUCAGCUGUGUCCAUUAUUCAUCAAGUCAGCAGGUCUGUGGACAGCAUAACACUGUCCUGGUCUCAACCUGACCAACCCAACGGGGUUAUUCUCGACUACGAGCUCCAGUACUACGAGAAGAACCUGGCCGAGGUGAACUCCUCCACCAUGAGGAGUCAGACGAACACGGCAGUCAUCCGCGGCCUGAAGUCCGCCACCAUCUACGUGUUUCAGGUGCGGGCCAGGACCGUGGCCGGCUUCGGACGCUUCAGUGGAAAAAUGUACUUCCAGACCAUGACCGAAGAGGAGUACAACACUAGUCUGCAAGAGAAGUUGCCUCUCAUCAUCGGGUCGGCGGCUGCAGGCGUCGUUUUUCUCAUAGCCAUCGUUGUUGUCAUCAUUGUGUGCAAUAGGAGGAGCAGUGACAGGACUGAGUCGGAGUACACAGACAAACUACAGCACUACACCAGUGGCCACAUGUCUCCAGGAAUGAAGAUCUACAUCGACCCGUUUACUUACGAAGACCCCAAUGAGGCAGUGCGCGAGUUUGCCAAAGAGAUCGAGAUGUCCUGUGUGAAGAUUGAGGAGGUCAUUGGUGCAGGUGAGUUUGGAGAGGUGUGCAGCGGGAACCUGAAGCUCCCGGGGAAGAGGGAGAUCCUGGUGGCCAUCAAGACGCUCAAGUCGGGCUACACGGACAAGCAGAGGCGGGACUUCCUGUCGGAGGCGAGCAUCAUGGGCCAGUUUGACCACCCCAACAUCAUCCACCUGGAGGGGGUGGUCACCAAGAGCAACCCUGUGAUGAUCAUCACCGAGUUCAUGGAGAACGGCUCCUUAGACUCCUUCCUCAGGCAAAACGAUGGGCAAUUCACCGUGAUCCAGCUCGUGGGCAUGAUGCGUGGCAUUGCGGCGGGCAUGAAGUACCUGUGCGACAUGAACUACGUGCACCGGGACCUGGCCGCCCGCAACAUCCUGGUCAACAGCAACCUGGUGUGCAAGGUGUCCGACUUCGGUCUCUCGCGGUUCCUGGAGGACGACACGUCUGACCCGACCUACACGAGUGCGCUGGGAGGGAAAAUCCCCAUCAGAUGGACAGCCCCCGAGGCCAUCCAGUACAGGAAGUUCACCUCCUCCAGUGAUGUGUGGAGCUACGGCAUCGUCAUGUGGGAAGUGAUGUCAUAUGGAGAGAGGCCUUACUGGGACAUGAGCAAUCAAGAUGUCAUCAAUGCCAUUGAGCAAGACUACAGGUUACCGCCCCCUAUGGACUGUCCCACGGCAUUGCACCAGCUCAUGCUGGACUGCUGGCAGAAGGACCGCAACAACCGGCCCAAGUUCAGCCAGAUCGUCAACACCUUGGACAAGAUGAUUCGUAACCCCAACAGCCUGAAAGCCAUGACUCCACUCUCGUCAGGUGCCCAUCUACCUCUGCUGGACCGCUCCAUGCCAGACUUCUCCAGCUUCAGCACCGUGGAUGAGUGGCUGGAUGCCAUCAAGAUGGGCCAGUACAAAGAGAGCUUUGUCAACGCGGACUAUAUCACCUUCGAGGCCGUCUCCCAAAUGACCAUGGAUGACAUCACAAGAAUCGGUGUGACGCUGGCUGGUCACCAGAAGAAGAUCUUCAACAGUGUCCAGAUGAUGCGAGCACAGAUGAACCAGAUCCAGUCAGUGGAAGUCUAACGCACACACAGACAGACACACACUCACACUCUCUCUCUCUCUUCCUCUGUCUCUCUUGCUCUCUCUUUUUUCUCUCUGUCUCCCUCUCUCUCUCACACACAUACACAACACACACACACAUACACGUAUAGGAAGGAUGGAAGGACACCAGGUUUGUGCCCUCUGGAUGGCUCUUCCUCCUCUUCUUCCUCCUCCACCCCUCUUUCUCUCAGACUGGCCUCCCGAGCCUCCCAUUCCUGCAGUCCCCUGGACACUGCUCCUGUUAGGAGCUCCUUCACACCCCACCUGGCCUUCUCCAUUUUCUCCACCAGCACCCUGUCCUACUUCCCCAACCUUGAGCUCCACAGCCACCAGCACAGACCAGACCAGGCGGACCACUCCGAGUCUGCCAUACCCAGCGGCCAAAUCAGUGACUGUCAACAAACAACAAAAGUCCUCAGAACUGUGAACCAGCUCACUGUCAUAAUUAUUAUUAUUAUUAUUAUUAUUAUUGGGUGUUACAUGGAAUCACUCCUGGACAAGAAGAGCUAACUGUUUAAGAGACAAUUGCACAUUUUAUGCGGAAUUUGAACGUGAGUUACAUUUGGUAAUUUACCGGUAAAUCUUAUUCAAAAUAUGCAUCUAAACUAUUGUUUUUUCUUAAAGCACUUACAUUUUUGUUUUCACAUUUUCCUUUAGAACUUUUUAGAACAUCCAUUUAAAUAUGACACAGUCUUACACAUAUCAGAGGCACUUUGAUUUCUCAUGUCAGACAUGCCUGCCAGUGCUUUGCAGUUUGAAAAAUGUCUUUGGUUAUUUUCAUACUUUUCCUCCUUUCUCUUGACCCCUCUGAUGUGACCAUGUGUACCUUAGUGGAGAAAGAUGGCUGUUGCCACAUCACCCCCCGUGGCUGUUUUUUGUCAAAAACGUUUAAACGGUCCCUUUAUUUUAUUUUUUUUAUUUAUUUUUGUUUUGUUUAUGUUUUUGUGAUGUUUGGGAUAGUGCCAUAGUGCGCGUAAUAUUCCCUCCAUGACGGCGACUUUUGUCUUUCUUGUUAAGUAAGGGUGCUGUCACUCUGGUACUAGAUGCUAACGGCAGCUUGUGACGUUAAGGAGCAGGUGAGAAGGUGAAGAGUGACGUGAAGACACUUUAUGAAUCUUUUCUCGUUAUUGUUUUGCUUUUUUGUUUGUUUUUCAAAUCAUCUUUUGAUAAUGACCCUUUGUGAUUUUUAAUACUGUGUCCUAUUAAUACCUGUCACAUGAUAAAAAAAAAACAAUGUCUUUUCUGGAGGUGUAGUUUAGAACAGUUGAUCUGUACAGUUGAAAGACAUGUCCGUUGUCUUGGUGUUAUGUAUUUAGCCUACAGUAAUCUGUUUGUUAUAUUUGCUACAGCUCUUGUGCACACUAUUCCUAGAUGUGCAUUUUGAUGGCGUUUUAUGGAUCGAAGAAAUUUUUUUUUUUUUCCUUUUUUUUGUCCUUGUUGUUUCAGCCGGUCCUCUUGGUUGAGCUUUUCAGAGUAGUCAUGAGGUGUGUGUGAAUCGAUCCAGUCUCCAAAACUGACUGGAAUUAGAGGAACUUUAAAAACAAAACAAAAACCUGGUGUCCCAGUUUCUAAUGAGUGUUAGCGUUGUUGGUCGCUCAGCCUCCCCAGCCUGCUGAGUCACGUUUGAGUUGCAUACUUCUUUUGAGUCACACACCAUCACAUGGGGCUAGCUGAAGCUCCACUGCUCCACCGAAUCGUAACCCUCUCUGUGUGUCCCAUCGUGAAACCUCCCCUCUCAAUUGCCUGUCUUUGCCUAUCUGGAUGACUCAAAUGAAAAAGACCUACUAUAGCUUAGUAGACCUAUAACAUCCACAAACUUGGAGUAGUGGAGAGGCCAUUGUCUGUCAGAGCACUGCCCUCCAGUGGAUUAUCUUGGAAGCUCACAGCUGCACACUCUAAAAUGUCUCUCUCAUGACCUAAAUAGACCUGGGCUGUGGACCAAAUAACUCAUGGUUCUCUGCGUCCAUCCAUCCAGCCAUCCGUCACCACUGAUCAGUCGUACGUCUCUGGCAUCCUCUAUUCAUAGCGUACAUAUGCCACUGACACAGACAACUCCUCAGAUGAAUGUGCUGGAGACGUUUUGUGCACUUAGAUAGAUAGAUAGAUAGAUAGAUAGAUAGAUAGAUACUUUAUUGAUCCCCAAGGGGAAAUUCAAGAAAAGGAAAUAUGUGUCAAAGAAAGAUUUGUAUUUUUUUCCAUUGAUUAGGAAAUGUUUAUUUGGUCUGAUGGCACCAAAUACAGGUGCUCCUAGCCAUCCACACUGUAAUGGAGGACUGAGUGCUGAGAAAAAAAUCACUGUGGUACCUUUUCAUGAUAUUUGUAAUAAUCAGUACUAGUCUGCUGGCCAUAUUGUUUUGACAUGCUUCCAAGAAUUGAUCUGAUUUUGAUGACUGAUAAAUUGAGUUGCAGUAUUUUUGGGGUUGCAAGUCUUACCAGCGAAAAUGAGCAUCUUUGGCCAAGAUGUUGAUGAGAAGCUGAAAAUGAACUUCGCCAUUCUGUUUUCAGUUGAAGGGAUUUUUGUCCAUGUGGGCAGUUUGGUGCAUUUGCAUGGUGCAUUUGCAAUAUCUAAAAUAUGCUUAUGUGCAGUUUGUCCUUUUCACCCAACAACUGGAAAACUAAUGUAAUAUUACUUUUGCCAUUGUGUUUAUAUUUAUUAUGUGUUGCUGUGUUCAACGUCUCAUUGGCAUUUUUGGGAUACAAAUACCUCUGACUGUCAGUUUGAUCAUUGUUUUUGUAGCCCACAAGCAUUCACACUUGAAAAGUUGUUAGAAUGCUUGCUAGAAUGACUUUGGGUUCUGUUUGCUUUGUAUUUUGCUACCACAAACACAAUUUUACAUGAACAAAUAUGUUGGGAAUUGCAUGCAAAGAUCUCAAGUCAUUGCACCUCAGACUGCGAGAUAAAUGUGCAUUUGGAAUUAAAUGUGGAAAUCACAUGACAUGUCUCCAUUUGGGAACAUUUCCAGAUUAUUUUUGUUUCAUUUUUAUGAGGGAAUGCAAAAUAGUUCAGAUUUCUGAAAGCCCUUUAAAAAAAAGUUGACCUUUUUAAUUUGUUAAAAAUCAGAGAGACAUUGUGUUUGGUUUGUACAUUCAGGAACUGCAUACUGUAUGAGUCUGAGAAUGCAGUGAUAAUCCAAUGACAAACAAACUUCCUGGAAAUGUUUACGGACUUCUUAUUUUCAUGUUUCUUCUCCGGGAAUGAUGUGUUGUGCUAUGCCUGUAAGAUAGAGGUCUGAUGCAGUUUUGGCAUCCUGAUGGUGAAUAACAUGAAAAAUCCACCUUUCUGGUUUGAUAUGUGAACUAUCUAUGUUUAAUCCACAGCAAAAUAGGGUUAUUGUUUCUUGUAAUGUAGCAUACAUCUUUCAUUUUGUUGCUGUACAAAAAAAAAGAAAGAAGAAAAAAAAAACAACACACCCAGAGGUGUCUCAAUAGCUCUGUGAGCUAAUGAACUUAACGAAACCAGUCUGAAAACAUUGUGCCAUAUGUGCAACAUGGACUCUGACACACAGUCAUCCUGCGAAUAGUAUAACGCCUGCGAUCACGGUUCUGAGGGACAGGUGUGUUUUUAGACGCACUGGGCAUACAUCUCACGCUGUUCUACGUGAUUAAUCUGCACCGUGUCUUUAGCCUACUCCCCUCCAUGAACUCCCGGUUCUAAUCGGUCUUUCUCUCUCGCUAGCUACGCCGCGCCCGUUGACUGUGCACGUGCAGCGCAGGCUGUUCAGACCACUGGGGUGCCGGCGAGACGUCCUGUAUUCUGUAUAAAUGUACAUUUGCUGUAACCCUGUGAAUGAUGUUACAAUCAAAAUUAUUUGUAAUAUUGUUAUUGGUUUAUUUUCUAAAAAAAAGAAAGGAAGAGGAAUGAAAGAAAAAGAAAGCCUGUUAUGACUGUCCUCAAUAAAAAGGAAACAUUGAAGGUCA